AACCUCAAGCGCCACCCAUAGCCUACCACGAACUUCGGAAAAAGCACACCUUAAUCCAUAGUUGUUGCAACAUGUCCAGUAGGAUUUUACACUAAUGGAGUUUUUAAGAUAUAUAUUUAAGCAUUUGGGACGGGGUUUCUGUUUAUUGUAAUGCAGUAGCUUCGGUUGGUCGCUUGAGUUGGGAUUUUCAAUCUACAGCAAUCAUGUUCUGCAGAAACCAGACUUCCAGAGCCACUGUGGCCCGUGGAUCCGCGAUGGAGGUGAAGAGAGGCCGGUUCCGCCUGAGCGUGCUGGAGGACUCCGCACAGGACUGUGAGGUUCAGAGACUGAUCGAGAGAGAGGUGAGGAUCAGAGAAGGGGCCAGUAAGCUUUUAGCUGCGUGUUCUCAGAGAGAUCAGGCUCUGGAAGCUUCCAAGACUCUCCUCACAUCCAACAGCCGCAUACUGGCCCUCAUGACCCAGCUGCAGCGCAUGAAGGAAGCCCAGGCCAUGCAGAGAGCAGGACGGAGGUCAUCUGAUGGUGCGUCUGUUGAUGAGCGAUUACCUUGUACUGGAAAAGUAGCUAUUUCAGAUAUUCGCAUUCCUCUCAUGUGGAAAGAUUCAGAGUAUUUUAAAAACAAAGGAGAGCUGCACCGGUGUGCCGUAUUCUGUUUGCUGCAGCUGGGGACAGAGAUUCACGAUACGGAUCUCGUAAUAGUGGACCGGACACUCACAGACAUCUGUUUCGAUGAACCAGUGAUAUUCACUGACGUACCUACAGACUUUGACCUGCGGGUGGAGCUCUACAGCUGCUGUGUGGAGGAGGAAUUCAGCAUGGGCUCCUCCACUCGGAGGCUGAGCCGGCUGGGAAGUGCCUCCAGUAAGAAGUUCAUGGCAACUUUAGAGACCGCAGCGUCCUGCAGUUCCCCCGGAGGAGAAUCACCGGUUCUGCUGCUUGCUCCGUCUGUACGAAGCCCUAAAUAUCACCUCCUGGCCCAUAAAUCUCUGACCCUGAGCCACGCACAGAACUCUUUCCGAACACAUGACCUGACGAUAUCAGACACAGAGGGCUCUUUGUUCUGGUUGCCGCUCUAUGGUAACAUGUGCUGUCGCCUCGCGGCCCAGCCUUUCUGUAUGACUCAAGUUGUCAUGUGCGGAAAACUCCGAAUUCGGUCAGAGAGCAAUCCUGUGGACUGGAGAGACGUCUACGGUGUUCUGAGUGGGUCACUUUUAAAAUGUUACCAGCAGCAAGACAACACCGAUUCUUUAGAGACCCCACUGUUCACGAUUCCCAUUAAUAAGGACACCUGUGUGCAUGCCACAAAGAGCGACCCGGCUCUACAUACUCAAAGUAUCACCAUAACAAACCAGAGUGGUGAUGUGACCCCAUACACCAUUGCCACACACACGUCUGAAGACACACAUGACUGGAUGGAAGCCUUCAGGCAGCAUUUCUAUGACAUGAGUCAAUGGAAACAGUGCUGUAAUGAGCUUAUGAAGAUUGAGGAACCUUCUCCAAAGAAAAUGACGUUGACAUUAAAACAAGGCUCCCUGUAUCAUGAAAUGGUUACGUCACCAUCCACCAAGACCAGAAACCACCUGGAACCCCUGAACAGACCUGUUUCUUCUGAAAUCCAAAGCCUGCUGUCCACCUAUUAUAAUGACAGUUACUGAAGGAUCGAACAAGAAAACUAAAGAAAAAAAACUGUUUUGUGCACAGCUCAACACACCCAGUAUAUUAAAGCACACACGCAUCUUUUCUGGGAAAAAUGAAAUUUCGAGUUUUUUGUUUUGUUUUGUUUUUUCAUAUUUGUUUGGUAAAUCCGAAAAGCACACCCGAGUACAAAAUACCGUAUUGGCUCUCAAACUAAUAUAUAACCCUAAUAUUACAAGACUAUACAGCUUCCUACUUUUUAGCUACAUACCAUAUAUACCGUAUAAUAAUAAAGAUACUUUGACUUGGUGUUAAGAAUUAAGAGUGUUGCAAGAGAUAUAUUAAAACUAUUAAAAAGUAUAUCAGCUUGUCAGUACAGCAUAUACAUGUACAGAAGGGUAUUUUCUCUCUUUGUUUUAAGACCACAUUUCUUUUUCAUUGUACAGUAAAGGUCUGGCUCUUUAUGUAUCAUUCAUCAAGCCUGUAUUGGAUCAGGGCUUAAUGUCGCUGGAUUUAAAUCACUCACCUUUAAAAUUGACUGGAACAUUUUUACUUGCUACAAGCUAUGGAAAUCCUGCACGAGAAGAGUUUGACGGUUUGUUUUUGUUGAUUUUUUUCAGUCAUAGUAAUUAUUGUACCACCCAAGGCCAUUCAAGAGAAUUGAGCAACUCAAGUUUAAUGUGGAUUUUAAGUUCAACAGUUUAAGUUCAGUUUCUUAAGAAAAAUCAGUCAAACAGCCAACCAACCAGCACCGUUUCAAAUGGUUAUGAAUAUAACCAUCAUCUCUAAACCUUACCUGAAUUUAAAAUUUAGAUCUAUCAAGAUCAAUGAAGUUGUCAGUGAUAGCUGGAUAGUCCCUACAGAAUCUUGACUUAUUGUAAUUUGUAUUAAAUGAGAAUUGUUCUUCAUUGAUCAAAUAUGUUCACUGAUACAGCUCCAUUCUGAGAACAUUGUUUUGAAUAGCAAGCUAAAAUUGUUGACUGAUUUGUCUUUGUGUAUGAUUUGUAACCCUUUUAGCAAUUUGGCUGGUGCUAACCCAAAGGUUGUAGGUUCAAAUCCCAGGAGAAGCCACCUUCCACCAUAGUGUCCGUGAAAAAGAUGUCACAUGGCUUCAGGGAAUCUUUGUUCCUGCUCUUUCUGAACAGACAAAUCUGUUGUUUCAUGAUUUAUAUGAAAAUUAUGUGUUGUUAAUGCCAUGAUAAUAAAAUGAAUGGUGGGAAAUCCCCAUCACUUCUUGUUUA